AUGGCCCAGACACUCCCCAAGUCCAGUGGCAUCCCAAGGCCGCGCGACCCCAGGCGGGGAGAGGGGGCCCCGAGUCCCAUGCCCCCAGAACCCACGACGGUGGGCGAGGCCCGGGCAGGUGGGGACGCUGUGCUGCGCCGUCUCCUGAGGCUGCACCGCACAGAGAUCGCCGUGGCCGUGGACAGCGCCUUCCCGCUGCUGCACGCGCUGGCCGACCACGACGUGGUCCCCGAGGACAAGUUCCAGGAGACUCUGCGUCUGAAGGAGAAGGAAGGCUGCCCACAGGCCUUCCACGCGCUCCUCUCAUGGCUCCUGACCCAGGACGCAGCUGCCAUCCUGGACUUCUGGAGGGUUCUCUUUAAGGACUACAACCUGGAGAGAUAUGCCCGGCUACAGCCCAUCUUAGACGGCUUCCCCAAAGAUGUGGACCUCAGCCAGCCCCGGAAGGGGAGGAAGCCCCCGACGGGCCCCAAGGCCCCAGUGCUGCUGCCCAGACCCCCCACCAAGAGGAAGGCCCCGGAGGAGCCAAGGGUCGCCCUGCCUGUGGCAUCGUCUCCACAGGGGACCUCCAGCCCAGGCUCCCAGGCGAAGGCCAAGCCGUCCAAGAAGCCCGAGAGCAGCGCGGAGCCACAGCGCCUCCCGCCGGGAACCGGAAUUCAGACCAUGUCCACUUCGGUCCAGAGGGCUGUGACGGUGUCGUCGGGGGAUGUCCCAGGAGCCUGUGGGGCGGUGGAGGGGAUCCUCAUCCAGCAGGUGUUCGAGUCAGGCCGAGCUAAGAAGUGCAUCCAGGUCGGGGGGGAGUUUUACACCCCCAGCAAGUUCGAAGACCCCAGCGCGAAGAGCAAGACGCGGGGCAGCGGCCUGAAGACACUGGUCCGGGCCAAGGGGCCCCAGGCUUCUGCCCCCGGCGGAGGUGAGCUGAGAGCUGGCCAGCAGGGCAGGGCACGGGCGGCUCCCGCCCUCCCCAGCGAGCCCCAGCCCCACCAGAAGAACGAGGACGAGUGUGCCGUGUGCCGGGAUGGCGGGGAGCUCAUCUGCUGCGACGGCUGCCCCCGGGCCUUCCACCUGGCCUGCCUGUCCCCGCCGCUCCGGGACAUUCCCAGCGGGACGUGGAGGUGUUCCAGAUGCCUGCAGGCAAGAGCCCCGCCGGACCUGCCCCGGGCCGAGGAGCCCCCGCCCCCGGAGCCGCCCGCGGAGCCCCCGGUCCUUCUGGGACUGAGGCUGACAGGAGAAGAGGCGAAGGGACUGUCCAGGGAGACCCUGGUCGGGACCGACACCGCUGCCCCCUACAAGCACCUGCCCGCCCCACCUUCGGCAGCCCCCUUGCCGGUGCUGGACCCCUCAGCCCUGCGCCCCCUACUGUGUGUGGGCCCUGAGGGGCAGCAGGGUCCCGCGGGCGCGCGGUGCGGCGUGUGCGGGGACGGCACGGACGCGCUGCGGUGCGCGCACUGCGCCGCCGCCUUCCACUGGCGCUGCCACUUCCCCGGGGCCGUCGCGCGGCCAGGGGCCGUCCCGCGCUGCCGAUCCUGCUCCGGAGACGCAGACCCCGCCCCCGAGGAGGGGGCGACCGCCCCAAAUCCCGCCCGCGCUGCGCUAGAGCCUGCCAAGGCAGGGGACAGUUCUGCUGGUCACGAGCCGGUUCUGCACAGGGACGACCUGGAAUCCCUCCUAAGCGAGCACUCCUUCGACGGAAUCCUGCAGUGGGCCAUCCAGAGCAUGGCCCGCCCGCUGGCCGAGGCGCCCACCUUCCCCUCCUGA